CGGCAAGUGCCAGAAGAACCGGACCGGACAAGCGCAACAUGUGGCCCCGGCCUCCCUUGAGCUGCUUCUUGCUGUCGUUUGUGCUCGCGGCUCGCCCUCUCGGCGCCCGCGCGGAGGACUCGGCCUGCGCGGGCAGCUUCCGCUCCGGCCGGGAAAACUUCGCCGUGGACUUGGAGGACGCCGUCAAGGAGGGCGCGGUUCUCGUGGCCGUCGUGCGCGCGGCCUCCCUGCCCGAGUGUCGGGCCGCCUGCUGCGGGCUCCGGCGGUGCAACGUCGCGCAGGCCGACGCCAACCUGACCUGCGCGCUCUUCGACUGCGCGCCCAGAAACAAGUUCGUGUGCCGCUUCGUCCGCCGGCCCGGAUACCGAAGCGUCAUCGGGGACUCGGAGUUCCGGAAGUACCUGCAAGGCCCGCAGGAUGCAGAUGAGCCGGCGCCGCCCAUCGCCAUCGCAGGCGAGGACGUGGUGGCGCAGCCCGGCGCCACCGUCACGCUGGACGGCAUCCAGAGUUUGGCGCUCGGUGACGCCCACAUCGUCCGCUACGACUGGAGCCUGCAGAGCGGCGAGGCCGACGUCGUCCUGGAGAAGACGGCGCUGGCCGAGCAGGUGCGAGUGUCCAACCUGGUGGCGGGACGCUACCGCUUCCGUCUCACCGUCACCGACUCCAACGAGCGCUCGCACGACGCCACCGUGCAAGUGCUCAUCCUCAGCGCCGAGAUGUCCGCUCGUUACUGCUUGGCGGAGGUCAAGGUGGGACCGUGCCGCGCCGCUUUUCCUCGCUGGCGCUACGACGCCGUCGAGCAGCGAUGUCAAGCCUUCGUCUUCGGAGGAUGCAAAGGGAACCUGAACAAUUUCCUGUCCCGCGACGACUGCGUCAAGGCCUGCGGCGGAGUCGCAGUGACGUCUUCAGAAGUGCAGCGGAUGGCCGUGCCCGCCGGCGAGGUGUGCGGCUCCGCCUGUGUUCCCGGCCAACUGAGUUGCGGCGACCGCUGCUGCCUGGACGCCACUUUGGAGUGCGACGGGGUCACGCAAUGCAGCGACGCCGCCGACGAGAAGCACUGCGGCCAACUCAAUGAGACGUUCACGCAGCUUCUGGAGAUCGACGUCAACCAAAGAAAAGCGCGCUGCACGGAGCCGCCCCAAACGGGCCCGUGCCGCGCCAGCCUCACGCGCUGGUACUACAACCCGCUCAACACGCGCUGCCAGCGCUUCACCUACGGCGGUUGCCACGGAAACGACAACAACUUUGCCCAGGAGACCCAGUGCGACGCCUCCUGCCGCGGCGUAACGGAGCGCGACGUGUUCGCCAGAGGAACCUUUGAACGCUUCGAGGACAAGGAAGAGGAAGAAAGCAGCUCAGGUUCCGUGGCGCUGGCGGUGAUCCUGGCGGUGGCCGUGUUGACCUUGCUGGCCGUCCUGGCCUACUGCUUCCUGAAGAAGCGCAAGGAACGCUCGGGUGGCCGCGCGGAUGCCGGCGCCCCCCGCCGGCCGGCGUCGGAGCAGGACACACUCGUCUAUAACACUACCACCGAACCGUUAGAACACCCGCGGCUGCGGCUGGCCCACAUGGACACGUCCUGAUCAAAUGUCGGCGCCAAUUUCCUUCCGGGUUGCGACGCCGGCGGAAGGAAGGAGCCCGCGGCGACGCUGAGGAACCACGUCAUGUAAAUAGCCACGCGCGGCUUUGGCCCCCAGACGCUGCGCUCGUCGCGGCGCAGCGCCGGCGCUUUUCCAGAAAGGCGCUCGGCUGAAGAGAAUUUCAAGAAACGCAGCGCUUCCACUCAAGUCAAGUGAAUGGCUUCCUUUAUUACUAAGCGGAGCGAAAGAAAUGAAAGGGCAGCCUGCCACUUCAGCAACACUUUCAAGAAAUAAACUUCCUCGUC